AUGAACAGAGCUUCAACAAAACUCAUCAGAAAGGCAGCACCUUUCUCCUCCGAUGUACCUUCCAUAACCCCUAUUCCCCCCUUCUCUUCUUCUUCUUCUUCUUCCUCCUUGCAACAUAUUCCUCCGCCAAGCUCCAAACCCCUCGCGAACCCACUCUACACCUUCCUCCCGCAAACCCAAAACCCCAACGAAAUAGUCAAUAUCAUCUCUUCCUCUCUCAAGCAACCCAAUGGCGAUCUCUGUCUUCUCCAAGCCCAGAUCAACCACCUCCUCCCUCACCUGGGUCCCGCCGAAAUCUCGAGGGUUCUGCUGCGAUGUCAGUCCGAUUCAGUUUCAGCUCUAUCCUUCUUCAAUUGGGUGAAAAACGAUUUGGGUCUCAGCCCCACUCCCCGGAAUUACUGCCUCAUCGUCCACAUCUUGGCCUGGUCUAAGGAAUUCAAACCGGCCAUGAAACUCCUGACCGAAUUGAUUCAGUCGGUUGAAGAGCUUUCAUCUGGUGAAGAUGUUUUCCAGAGCUUGGUGCUUCACUCGGAAGAUUGCAAUUGGGACCCUGUGGUUUUCGAUAUGCUGGUCAAGGCCCAUGUGAAAUUGGGCGGAGUGAAAGAAGGUUUCAUUGCGUUUAUGAAGGCUAUUGAAGCUGGCUUUGUUCCCACUGUGAGUUCAUGUAAUUGCCUCUUGAAUGGACUUCUGAAAUCGAAUCUCACUGCUCAAUGUUGGGAUGUUUAUGACGAAAUGGGGAGAACUGGGAUCCGCCCAAAUGAGUUCACUUUCAAUAUCUUGACUCAUGCAUUCUGCAGGAAUGGAGACGUUAGUAAAGUCAAUGAAUUCCUUGAGAAAAUGGAGGAGGAAGGGUUUGAGCCAGACAUUGUAACAUAUAACACUUUGAUUAGUAGUUAUUGUAGGAAGGGGAAGUUGGCUGAUGCUUAUUACCUGUAUAAGAUCAUGUACAAAAGAGGCGUGAUGCCAGAUUUGGUUUCGUAUACUUCAUUGAUGAAUGGUCUUUGUAGAGAAGGGAAGAUGAAGGAUGCUCAUCAGUUCUUCCACAGAAUGGUUCACCGGGGGUUGAACCCGGAUGUAGUGGCUUAUAACACUCUGAUUUCGGGUUACUGUAGGGAAGGAAGGGUUCAAGAGGCUAAGGCAUUGAUGUAUCAGAUGAUAGGGAAUGGGAUCUGUCCCGAUAGUUUUACUUCCCGGGUUUUGAUCCUAGCAUAUGGGAAGAAAGAAGGUGGUAGGUUGAUUUCAGCUCUGAAUUUGGCCGUGGAGGUUGAGAGACUGGGUGUUCCGGUUUCAUGGGAUGUUUAUGAUUAUCUAGUAGUUCGUCUGUGUGAAGAAGAAAAACCAUUUGCAGCCAAGAGUCUUGUGGAAAGGAAGGCUCGCGACGGUUAUGAACCCGACAUGCUAGUUUACGAAAAGCUCAUUGUCUCUCUCUGCAAAGUUGAUUGUUUGGUUGAUGCAUUGUUUAUGAAAUGCGAGAUCCUUUGUAGGGAAGGGAAACUGGGUGUUGAGACAUACAAAGCUCUCAUCUUUAGCUUGUGUAGAACAGGCAGAAGUGCAGAAGCUGAAUCUUUGGUCGACGAGAUGGUUCUAGAUGGGAUAGUUUUGGAUUUAGAAAUAUGCAGAGCUUUGAUAUUCGGGUACUGCAAAGAACGGGAUGUGGGCAAAGCACAAGCAUUGUUGGAAUCAUUUGCUAUGGGAGUUGGCAUCUUCGACAAUGAGAGUUACCAUGAAGUUGCUAGGGUUCUGUCCGAAGAAGGUGGUGAUAUGAUGAAGCUGCAACAGAGGAUGUCGAAGGUAGGCUAUAAACCCAGUAGCUUGACUUUCAUGUACACGAUCCAGGCUAUGACAAAGAAUUCCAAGCGAGUAAGCAAAGAGAGAGAAACUUGUUCUCCAUCAUUGAUCUGCUUAGAAGCCUAG